GCAGCUUUUCUCUCACAGCUCAGAAACUGCACAGCAGAGUGUUGACCACAGCACCGCAAUAAUGUCCAAAAACAGGAGAUAAAUAACAAAGCGACGUUCAAAACACACCUGUUGGAUUGUUUACACACACUUUAAAGCCAGCAGAGGACCUCUGACUUGAUGUGUGACGAAUAAUUAAGAUCAUUAGUUUGCACCGAUCCAAGGAAUACUUCACCUUCAUCACAAACAAAAUGCGAACGGAGGAGGUGUCAAGCACGGUGCUGCACCGACUGAUCCAGGAACAGCUGCGUUACGGAAACCCCACAGACGCUCGCACCCUCCUGGCCAUCCAGCAGCAGGCCCUACGGAGCGCGGCGAACGCAGGAGCCGGAAGCCCACGCUCUUCUUCCGACAGCCUCUCCCAGGAGGAACGUCAGGAACCGCAGGGCCAAGAGCACCACGUCGACUUCCAGCACUCGGAAAUCUAUCUUCCCUACCACCAUGAGCAGCUUCCAACGUACGAGCAAGCCAAAGCGAAUUCACAGCUCUUGGCGUCUCAGUGGUACCAGGACCGACAGGUUUACCCCGAGGACGCCGUGAAACCGAGCCACGCCAGGUCGCUCAGCGAGCGUCUCAUGCAGCUCUCGCUGCUACGCCAAGACGUUAACGCAGAGUCGCUCUCCGCGAGCUCUUCUUGUAGCUACCCGCAGAUAGCUGGCUAUCAAGUGAGACCACAUCACCUGGGAUUUCAGCCGCACACAUCCACGUCUGAUCACACUCACGAGUUCGAAGCGUUCUACCCCAAACCUCCACCGCCUUUCCACUCCCAACACACCAGACUCGUCCCACCUGUGCCUUCACCCGAAGCUCGCCACGUCCUCUGCAGCGCGCCCCCUGCUGGCAGGGAGGUCUCCUCACAAAUGGAGCUGCUGAUGAAGGAGAACGAGAGACUGAAGCAGGAGCUGGAAGGCCACGCCGAAAAAGCGCUCAGGAUUCAGAAGCUGGAGCAGGAAAUCCAGAGGAUCUCCGAGGCCUAUGACACUUUGAUGCAGGGCUGCGUGAAGAGAGAAACACUGGAGCAGACGCUCAGGAGCAAGCUGAUGGCUGAAAUUAAGAGGCUUCAGGACGUUAACACGGACCUGAGAGACAGUCUGGAGAGCAGCAGCAUUCAGGCGGCGAAAGACGUGAAAGCUGCUGACCAUAACGAGCAGGUUAUCGCCAAACUCCGCAUGCAGAAUGAGGAGCAGAAGUUGGAGUGUGCGCGAUUGCAGCGGGAGGUGCAGCUCCUGCGUGAGGAGACGAGCGCCGCGCAGGAGCGCAGCCGGCAGCUGCAGGCCGAGCUGCACAGGAAGAACGCAUACGUGGAGCGGGUGGAGCGUCUGCAGGGGGCGCUGGCUCAGUUACAAGCCACCUGUGAGAAGAGAGAGGGCCUGGAGCUCCGUCUGCGCACGCGACUCGAAGUGGAGCUGCGCACGCUCAGGAACCAACAGAGGCAGAGCCAAACGUCUCCAGCCGUCUCGGGCGUCUCGGCAUCCUCGGCGAACGUGAGCACCCUGCUAGAGCGCCUGAGGGAACGAGAGGAGCGGAUUUUGGCCCUGGAGGCCGACAUGACGCGCUGGGAGCAGAAAUACCUGGAGGAGAAAACCAUGAUGGAGUUCGCCAUGGACACAGCGGCCACCGCUGCAGCUCAGAGAGACGCCACCAUCAUCAACAACCGCUCGCCCUGUCAUUCGUCUAAAACCAGCUACAGCGAGGAUCUGCCUCACGCUGAGAUUCAGAGCCAGGAGGUAGAGAACAGGAUCCGUGCUCUGUACGGGCAGAUCAUGGAGAAGGACGCCGUGAUCAGCGUUCUUCAUUAUCGACUCCAGCAGGAACAGGAGAAAGGUGAAGAGGGCGAGGGCGUGUCUUCGGGUUGCCCUGCCCACUCUGACUCGAGCUCCGCCUACAGUAAAGCUACAGGAAAGUGCGACACAGAUGAGCAGACAGGAAACACGUCGAGUUUUUCCCGUGUUGCUGAUGCGACACACACACCACCAACCGCACAGCAACUGUCCAGCAGCCUGGAAAGCAGCAAGCAGAAGGCUGUGAAUCCGUUUGAAGGUCUGGACAGCGUGGAAGCUGAGGCAGUGGAAAUCUUCAUCUGAGGGCUGACAGAGUGCAGGAACUCUGCAGAGCCGUCAAAGUGAAAAACAGAGAGACACCGAGGUGUCCGUAGGAUCCGAAGCUAAGCUUUCCUCUCGCUCGUGCACCGCUCUCUAAGCUCGAGUAGAUCUUUGAAGGGUUAAAAAAAAAAAAAAACAGGGACUUUUGUGAACGUGAACUGUUGGAGGAAAAUCGAGCGGUGUUGUGUUGUGAUUCAGAGGAAUCACAGAAGAGCUGACGCACACAGAGAGACCGGAUUUGAGAAAUCAACCCAAGUUCAAAGUAGCUGUACGAGAAUACCUGAACUUGUAAAUCGCAAAUCCAAAGUCAGUCGCAUGAAUCUGUGCGUAAAUAAUUCAUACUUUACAUGUUGCCACAACUCCUAGAGCUUCAGGCUUCAGCUACACAACCUCAGGCGACUUCUUUAGCCCCACCCCCUCGGCCCACGAAGGCCCCGCCCCUUAAGAUGUUAAAAAAUGUUAAAAAAUAUUUAACCAGAGGUUGUAAAACGUUUUACAGAGAUUAUAUUACAUCCAAACUGGCACGUUUAUGAAUCUGAUUAUGGAUUUGCAAUUUAUAAAAACGUAAUUACUUUUGACAAGAACAAAACUGUUCAUGUUAAACCCUCCAUGUAUUUCAGAAUGUUCUCUGAGUCUGUUAUUGUUUUUCUCACUUUUUCUUUUUUUUUUUUUUUUUUCUCUCUUCACAAAAUGAAGGUCACACACACUCAUCGUUGAUCUCACCACAUUGUUAUUCUGUUGAGUUUCUUCUGGAGGCUGAAACUGUUGUGGUUUUUACAGCUCCACCUUUACUGUGCAUUCUUUUCAGUUUCUUUCUCUCAGGCUCUCUGAAGCUGGAGGAAAAACUCCACAGUGUACUCGGAGAGGCCUGGUGUGUUGUUUUUUUUUUUAUUAACAGAAUUUUACAGAAAAUUGUAAAUUAUUUUUUCCUUUUUUUUUCAUUGUACAAUGCAUCUGCUGGUCAGUGUGUCGUACGCACAAUCACGCCGAGCUGCGCUUUCUUCGUAUAUUUUGUUUAUCGUGUUGUAACGUAUGAUGUAAGAUUAAUAUAUUUGCUAUUUUAUAUUAGUGGAUCUAAUACUAAAGCUGUUCAUUACAACUCUUAUAAAAGAUGUGAACGUUCUGGAACAUUUCACAUGUGUAAAAAUAAAUAUAUAAAUAAAUAAAUAAAGGUGGUAAUAUAUUUAACUGUGUGUCUAACUUUCUUUGGUUCUGCUCUACACUGAAUGAAAUGUAAAUACCUCGUCACGUCUUUCUGUGACUCACGUCAACUGAAACCUGACUGAUGAGGAGUAAUUCUACCUGAAAUGGCCGUGAGGAACAUUCCUGCUCAGCGUCAAGCCGUUAACCACAACAUGACUCCACCUGUAUCGAAUAUCCACCACGUCAUCAGAGCUGCACUCGUAUUAAACUUUCAUCUUGUCUUAUACCUCAGCGCUGCUGGGAUCUGGAUUCUGAUUGGUUGAGAAGGUUUUGAUUAAUAUUCUAUAACAGCAGCUCUGACAGUAGUUAAUGUGGUCCUCCGAGUGUGUUAUUGUUUCUCUAAAAGCUCAUUCACAGAUAAAUAAACAGAUUAAAAAGUGCUAUUUCCUUAACAAAGAAAUACUACACCACACUACACUACUCUACAUCGCAGGUUUGGUGUGAGAUAGGAUGAAACUUUUUUAGGGCAAAAAAAAUUGACGUUCUCUGAUUUUCACCAAAUUGACAGCACGUGUUAGGAAAGUCAGGACGAACACAGUAGUGCACUUUGUUUUGUUCUUGUCUUGUUCCUCUCAUUUCCACACUACACUACAC